AUGGAUUUGGGAAAGUUCCAUAGAGAAGACCAUACAUUCUUUAAGAUCAUCAUUGCAGAUUUGAUGGCUAAGGGAGAGCUGGAUUCUAUUCUUACCCAAUUCGAUAAAGAGAUUGAUGAAGCUUCUGUUCACAAAGGAAAGCAAAUUAUCGACAAGUUGACGGGUGCGCUCUAUUUGGGUGAGCUGGUGCGCCGCAUUCUCUCGCAACUCGUACUCGACAGAGUGUUGUUCGAUGGUCAUCCUUGCGAAAAGUUGGAUGAGACCGACAGUUUCCCAACAAAAUAUAUAAGCGAAAUAUUAGCUGAGGAAGAAAACAGCUAUAAAGCCUGUCGGCGUAUAUGUGAUGAGCUAGAUGUGCCGAUGCAUGGUUCGGGUGAUUAUCAUAUCAUCCGUGAUGUUUGCUUUGUUGUGUCAAACCGCAGUGCAGCCAUUGUCGCAGCUGCAAUCAGUGCAUUGCUUCGUCAUUUGGAUAUCUCUAAAGUAAAGAUUGGUGUGGGCGGUGCAUUGAUUCAAUUUCAUCCAAUUUACCAUAAGCUGUUAGAAGAAAAGCUCACAGAUCUCGCGCCGUUAUCUACUGAGUGGGAAUUGGUCCCUGCCGACGAAGGUAGUGCUCGUGGUGCUGCGCUUAUUGCUGCCGUUGCUGAGAAGAUGAAGCUGUAA